AUGCCAGGCUGCUCUGUGCAGACGCUGAAACCUCUUCAGAGAGCAGCAGAGGCCCCCGAGUGGGCCUAUUCCACACCACCCCGCAGCCCACGGGACAAAGAGGCUGGCACACUGCAGGUGCUGGCAGCACUGGCCAUGCUGGGGCUGGGCUUCGUGGCUCUCACCUACCGCCUAUUGCAAGUGCCCCCUCCUCCCACCUGGGGCCAGGCACACCCCAAGGAAGUGAGCGGCUCCAUCCUGGCCUGGAAGCCUCUGGGAGGGGAGGCCAGGCAGCAGAGGGACUCCUGCCGGCUCGUCCUCGUGGAAAGCAUCCCCCAGGACCUGCCAUCUGCAGCCGGCACUCCAGCUGCCCAGCCCCUGGCCCAGGCCUGGCUGCAGCUGCUGGACACUGCCCAGGAGAGUGUCCAUGUGGCCUCAUACUACUGGUCCCUCACGGGGCCUGACAUCGGGGUCAACGACUCGUCUUCCCAGCAGGGAGAGGCCCUUCUGCAGAAGCUGCAGCAGCUGCUGGACAGGAAUGUUUCCCUGGCUGUGGCCACCAGCAACCCAACACUGGCCAGGAAGUCCACCGACCUGCAGGUCCUGGCUGCCCGAGGUGCCCAGGUGCGACAGGUGCCCAUGCAGCGGCUCACCGGGGGCGUUUUGCACUCUAAGUUCUGGGUCGUGGAUGGGCGACACAUCUACGUGGGCAGCGCCAACAUGGACUGGCGGUCCUUGACACAGGUGAAGGAGCUUGGCGCCAUCGUCUACAACUGCAGCCACCUGGCUGACGACCUGGAGAAGACCUUCCAGACCUACUGGGUGCUGGGGGCGCCCCAGGCCGUCCUCCCUGAAACCUGGCCUCAGAACUUCUCGUCCCACAUCAACCGCUUUCAGCCCCUCCGGGGCCGCUUUGACGGGGUGCCCACCACUGCCUACCUCUCGGCAUCGCCACCCGCGCUCUGCCCCCAAGGCCGCACCCGGGACCUGGACGCACUGCUGGCGGUGAUGCGGGCAGCCCAGGAGUUCAUCUAUGCCUCGGUGAUGGAGUAUUGCCCCACCACGCGCUUCAGCCACCCCGCCAGGUACUGGCCGGUGCUGGACAAUGCGCUGUGGGCGGCCGCCUUCAGCAGGGGCGUGCGCGUGCGCCUGCUGGCCAGCUGUUGGCUCAACACAGACCCCACCAUGUUCCCUUACCUGAGGUCCCUGCAGGCCCUCAGCAACCCCUCGGCCAACAUCUCUAUAGACGUGAAAGUCUUCAUUGUCCCAGUGGGCAAUCAUUCCCACAUCCCAUUCAGCAGGGUAAACCACAGCAAGUUCAUGGUCACCGAGAAGGCAGCCUACAUAGGCACCUCCAACUGGUCGGAAGACUACUUCAGCAGCACCUCAGGCGUGGGCCUGGUGGUCAGCCAGAGGGCCGCACGCACCCAGCCAGGGGCGGCCACGGUGCAGGAGCAGCUGCAGCAGCUCUUUGAGCGGGACUGGAGUUCCCGCUACGCCGUGGGCCUGGACGGGCAAGCCCUGGGCCAGGACUGUGUCUGGCAGGGGUGA